CGGAUUGUUUUUCUUGUCAUAUGUGAUAUUAUAACAGAAAUUACAAAUACAUAAAGUUAUUCGCCCCACUCUGGUCAAGAUUAGUGACAUCAUUUCGAUCGUCUAUGAUUUGUUUGGAUCCCUUAGGUGUUGAGUUAUUUAUUGAAUAGGUAUACUUAUAUUGGAAUUUAGAAAACUUAACAAUUAUAAUAUCGCUAUAAAAACAAGUGUACUUGGUGAAGCUUACAAAGGACUAUAACACACCUCCAUACACGAAUUGCCUUCUGGAAACAACUAAAGACCGACAGAAGAAUUUUUACUAGUAUUAUAUAGUUUGUUUGGAAAAUGCCAGGUAUAGCCACCAUGUCUUUGGACAAUAUGUUCUGCACUCGGUGCGGAGACGGAUUUGAGACCAAUGAAAAGAUAGUUAAUUCUAAUGGAGAGCUCUGGCAUACAGGAUGUUUUGUGUGUGCCCAAUGCUUCCGUGUAUUUCCUGAUGGCGUCUUCUUUGAAUUUGAAGGUCGUAAAUACUGCGAGCGUGAUUUCCAAGUUUUAUUUGCACCUUGCUGUGGCAAAUGUCGGGAAUUCAUAAUUGGUCGUGUAAUAAAAGCGAUGAAUUCCAACUGGCAUCCAGCUUGUUUCCGUUGUGAGGAAUGUAACGCGGAACUAGCUGAUGCAGGGUUUAUUAAACACGCCGGUCGUGCUUUGUGCCACGCUUGUAACGCAAGAAUCAAGGCGGACGGACUUCAGAACUAUAUAUGCCACAAAUGCCAUGGUGUGAUCGACGGGGAGCCGCUCCGUUACCGAGGUGAGGUAUACCACGGUUAUCAUUUCACGUGUGCAACCUGCGGCCUAGAGUUGGACCACACCGCCCGCGAGGUGAAAAACCGGCCUGGAUACGCUGCCAAUGACGUGAAUAAUCUAUUCUGCCUACGUUGUCAUGAUAAAAUGGGUAUACCCAUUUGUGGAGCUUGUCGCCGCCCUAUCGAAGAAAGAAUUGUUACUGCUUUGGGAAAACAUUGGCAUGUUGAGCACUUCGUGUGUGCCAAAUGUGAGAAACCGUUCCACGGUCAUAGACACUACGAGAAGAAGGGACUUGCGUACUGCGAACAACACUAUCACCAGCUGUUCGGCAACCUGUGCUAUGUUUGCAACCAAGUUAUCGCAGGAGAUGUUUUCACCGCAUUGAACAAAGCAUGGUGCGUUCAUCAUUUCGCGUGCGCGGUCUGUGACACCGCGCUCAGCACUCGUAGUAAGUUCUACGAGUAUGAUGAGCGUCCAGCGUGUAGAAGGUGCUACGAGCGUCUACCAUCAGAGCUACGGCGUAGACUGCGACGAGCUCAUCAUUAUACUAUGCGGCGGUGAAAAUAUAAAAAUAUAUCUUUUAUAACAGCGUAUAUUAAUAUGCGCCCUUUAUAAAAUCACCAACUGCCUUAUUUUAAGUCGUUCAAUAGGAACUACAAAAGCCUAUUUUAUUAAAAUACAAUAUUUUUGAAUGUGCUUACAAUACUAAGUUAUAUUAAUUAUGUUUAACAAGUAAGGAUAAAAUUUAAAAAAUAAAUAAUAUUUAAAUUAAUGUUAGUUUUUUUUUCAGUUACUUAUAAUUUAUGUAAUCUCAGAAUAAUGUAUUAUUAAAAAAAAUAUGUCCUGUGAAGCCUUGAGCUGUCGACCAUGUCAAUUUUAGGACACUAUUUAAGAAUGUAUGUUAAUUGUUGAAAAAUAAAAUUUAAUAAGCCAUAAUAAUUGUCCAUAUAAUGCAAUGAUAUAUGAAUAAGACCUAUGUUACUGAUGUAACUACAUUUAAGUAAUGUCAAUACAUAAUGUUACAUAGAUUCUAAAGUGCCUUAUUAGAAAUAAUAUAUUAAGUAAAAUGCAUUGUAAUGUUAACACUUAUAAUAUAAGUAGCAUGUAUCAUAUACUUGUAACUCGACUAUGUCUUACUAACACUGCUUGUUUAAUGUGCUAAGAAGUACUAUUUUGUUGUAACUGGUGGUGCUUUAAAUAAAAACAUUUAUUAACA